AUGGCAAGCGAGUCCGUGACGUUCGAGGCUGACAACCUGAACGAUUACAGUCUGCAGCUGAGUCGUUGGUACCUGUUGCCGAUAGGAGCAUGGCCUUCGUCGUCCUCCGCGUCCAGGCUCGAACGAAUCGUAUCUGUCACCUUGAUCGUACUUUCUUACUCUCUGAUAAUGUUCACCGUGGUCCCCAGUUUCCUGAGCAUCAUUCUGGAGGACGAGACUGUUCGACUGAAGCUAAAGCUGCUAGGGCCUCUGGGCCACUGGUUCGUCGGCGGGAUCAAUUACACCACGUUGCUGAUGCGGAGCAAAGAGAUACGCCACUGUAUCGAGCACAUGGGAACAGACUGGCGUAUCAUAACCAGAACGAAGGAUCAACAGAUCAUGAUGAAGAACGCCAAGUUCGGUCGCUACGUCUCAGCCUUCUGUGCUGCUUGCAUGCAGGGUGGCGUUCUAUCCUAUUGCGUGGUCAGCGCGCUGACUAUGCGGGUCGUGCAAGUUGGUAACGAGACCAGAACCGUACAUGUGCUACCCUGUUCGGUAUACAAGAAACUGUUGAACGUCGACAACAGCCCCAUGAACGAGAUCGUCCUCGUCUCGCAGUUUCUCUCCGCUUUUAUUGUCAAUUCGAGCGCUGUUGGUGCGUUCAGUCUGGCUGCUGUGUUCGCGGCUCACGCGUGUGGCCAAUUGGACGUUCUGAUGAUAUGGAUCACCGAGUUUGUGAACGAUUCGAGACGGCAACGCAAGAACGCCUGCUUGAAUAAGAUCGGAGUGCUUGUAGAACAUCAUCUACGUGUCUUGAGUUUCAUAUCGCGUAUCGAGGACGUGAUGACACGGAUAUGCUUCAUGGAAAUGUUCAAGUGUACGCUGGACAUAUGCAUGCUUGGCUAUUACAUUCUUACGGAAUGGUCCGACAAAGAUGUUCGAAACUUGACCACGUAUUUUGUUAUACUGAUGUCUAUGUGUUUCAAUAUUUUUACGGUGUGCUAUAUCGGUGAAAUCUUAUCAGAGCAGUGCAUAAAAGUUGGCGAGGUAGUUUACAUGUCGAAUUGGUACCAUUUGCCUGACAAACUCGUUCUUGAUCUGGUACUAAUCAUCACGAGAUCGAGCGUGGUGGUCAAAAUCACUGCCGGCAAGUUAAUUCGUAUGUCCAUUUACACGUUUGGCGAUGUGAUGAAGACUUCUUUCGCGUAUUUGAAUCUGCUACGCCAAACAACAUGA